UUCCCAUUGUUUAGGUGUUUCAAUCUCUCUGUAGACAUUGUGCAUUUCUUUCUGUCCUCAGCAUUCUGAUCAGAACAUUGAUGCAAACCAUGAAAACCCUUGUUGUGUGCUUGUUCUUUUUUUCCUUCCUAAGAACCUCAAAUACACUAGACUCCAUCACUCCAACUCAAUUUAUUAAAGACGGUCAAACUCUGGUUUCAGCUGGUGGAAGUUAUGAAAUGGGAUUCUUUAGUCCUGGUAAAGUGAAAGGCAGAUACUUGGGAAUAUGGUACACGUUUUCUACCGCGACAGUUUUAUGGGUAGCCAACAGAGAAAUACCACUUGAUGAUUCUUCAGGAGUUUUGAUGGUCACUGAUAAGGGAGUUUUAGUCCUUCUCAAUAGCUCAAGUGGCACUGUAUGGUCAUCCAAUUCAUCAAGAACCGCAGGGAGUCCAGUCUUGCAACUCUUGGAUUCAGGAAAUCUUGUUGUGAAAGAUGGAAAUGAAACUAAUGCUGAUAACUUUUUGUGGCAGAGUUUUGACUAUCCUUGUGACACACGCCUGCCAGGAAUGAAGCUUGGUUGGAAUUUAGUCACUGGUUUUGAGAUGUAUGUUUCGUCUUGGAGGAGCACAGAAGAUCCCGCUCAAGGAGAGUUUUCACUACGAAUAGACAAUCAUGGUUUCCCACAGAUUUUUAUCAUGAAGGGAGCUAAGAUACAUACUAGAGUGGGGGCAUGGAAUGGCGUCGAAUUAACUGGAUAUCAAGGAAGGCCAAAUCCUGUAGCGAUUUUUGAGUUUGUGAUGACUAGUGAUGAGGUCAAUUAUGAGUUCACACUCCUCAACAGGUCAACAUUCGCAAGAUAUGUAUUGAACCCCUAUGGCACUGCACAGUGGUUUACCUGGACAGAUCACUCAAGUAGUUGGGAACCUUUCGUGUCAACACAAGGAGAUCAGUGUGAUAAUUACGCCUUCUGUGGUGCUAAUGCUAGAUGUAAUAUCCGUAACACUCCUGAAUGUUCUUGCUUGAAAGGGUUUGUACCAAAAUCUCUAGAAGAUUGGAACUCAACAAACUGGUCUGAGGGAUGUGUUCGGGAGACUCCUUUAGCUUGCAAUUCUACAGAUGACUUCUCAAAGUACGGUAACUUUAAAUUGCCAGACACAUCUUCUUCCUGGUACGACAAGAGCAUGAGCCUUGAGGAGUGCCGUACAUUAUGUUCGAGGAACUGUUCAUGUACUGCAUAUGCAGAUUUAGAUGUCAGGGAAGGUGGAAGUGGAUGCUUGCUUUGGUUUGGGAACCUCAAGGACAUUAAAGAAUUGACCUCUGAUUCUCAAGACUUCUAUGUACGGCUAGCUGCUUCAGACCUAGAUCCUAUUGUGAAAAAGAGCACAACCAGCAGGAGAAACCUGGCAGGAAUUCUGUUCGGCUUAUCUGGAUUUCUCGUGGGACUGCUGAUAGUUGGGUACAUUUUGUAUAAAUGGAAGAGGAAACAAAGAAUUCAAGAAGCUAGAAGAAAGCUCGAUUGCAGAAAGGAGGAUUACAAAGGAGAAGGAAAGGAAGAGUUGGAGUUACCAGUAUUUGACUUGACCACCAUCACUCAUGCCACUAACAACUUUUCAAUCAGCAACAAGCUGGGUGAAGGUGGUUUUGGACCUGUGUACAAGGGAACUUUGGCUGGAGGAGAGGAAGUUGCAGUAAAGAGGCUCUCAAAGCACUCAAGACAGGGAUUGAGAGAGUUUAAAAACGAAGUUCUACUGAUAUCAAAACUCCAGCAUCGGAAUCUUGUAAAGCUUCUUGGUUGUUGCAUUCAAGAAGAUGAAGAAAUUCUAGUAUAUGAGUACAUGUCUAACAGAAGCUUGGACUUCUAUAUAUUUGAUGUAAAAAGACAGAAUUUGCUGGACUGGCCAACAUGCUUCCAUAUUAUUGAGGGAAUUGCUCGAGGGCUUCUUUAUCUCCAUCAAGAUUCUAGAUUAAGAAUUAUUCAUAGAGAUUUCAAGUCUAGCAACAUAUUGCUGGAUGAUGAUAUGAACGCAAAGAUUUCAGACUUCGGCCUGGCUAAAACUUUUGGGGGUGAUCAAAAUGAAGAUAGAACAAGAAGAGUGGUGGGUACAUACGGUUAUAUGGCUCCUGAAUAUGCAGUAGACGGGACUUUCUCAAUGAAAUCUGAUGUAUUUAGCUUUGGAGUUGUACUGCUAGAGAUACUGAGUAGGAAGAAGAACAGGGGAUUUUGUCAUUCAGAUCACCAUCUUAAUCUUCUUGGACAUGCAUGGACACUUUGGACUGAAAAUACUCCUCUGGAACUCAUUGAUGUGACAUUAUCCGAUUCUUGCAACAUAACCGAAGUGUUAAGGUGUCUCCAUGUGGGUCUAUUAUGCGUGCAGCAAGAACCUGAUGAUAGACCAAACAUGUCAUCUGUGGUUGUAAUGUUGAGCAGUGAAGUUCAGUUGCCUUCACCAAAGCAGCCUGGUUUUUACACCGCUAGGUCUGUGUCAAAACCUGAAUUAACAUCAACGACGACCGACUUGUAUUCAACAAAUAAUUGCAGCACAGUGUUUCUAGAGAGAAACUUGAUAAAUCCCAUCUUUGACAGUGUCCUGUAUAAUAGUUCCAUUAAACUUCUGAAGAAUAAUGCAAAUACAUCUGCACAUAUGUAUGAGCAAGGCAGCAAGCUUGACCUUUCCAUUUUAACUUGUUUCAACUUCUCUGCAUAUAUUAUGCCUUACUUUGUACAAGGAAAAUACGUACAGUCCGGUCAGUCAUCAAUGCAAGCCUCUAGAACCCUUUUGGUGUGCUCCUUCAUUUUCUCCUUCCUAAAAAUGUCCUGUACAACUGCACUAGAUACCAUCACUCCAGGUCAGUAUGUUAGAGGUGGUGAGACUCUAGUUUCAGCUGAUGGAAGCUUUGAAUUGGGAUUCUUUGGUAAGUCAAAAGGUCAGUACUUGGGAAUAUGGUACACUUUUUCUACUGACAUAGUUGUGUGGGUAGCCAAUAAAGAAACACCGGUUAAUGAUUCUUCAGGAGUUUUAAUGCUCACUGAUCAAGGAAUUGUUGUCCUUCUGAAUAGUUCAAAUGCCACUGUAUGGUCAUCUACUUCAUCAAGAACUGCAGGGAAUCCAGUCUUGCAACUCUUGGAUUCGGGAAAUCUUGUUGUGAAAGAUGGAAAUGACACUAACCCUGGUAACUUUCUUUGGCAGAGUUUUGAUCAUCCUUGUGAUACACAACUAUCAGAAAUGAAACUUGGCUGGAACCUAGUUACUGGUUUAGACAGGUAUCUCUCCUCUUGGAGGAGCACAGAUGAUCCUGCUCAAGGAAACUUUUCACUACGAAUGGAUCCUCGUGGCUUACCUCAAAUUAUUGAAGUUAAGGGAGCUAAGAUACUGACGAGAGCAGGAUCGUGGAACGGCCUUGGAUUAACUGGAUAUCAAAGGCGACCAAAUCCAAUAGCUGAGUUUGUAUUUGUGUCAAAUGAGGCAGAACUCUAUUAUGAGUACACACUCCUCAACCGGUCAACGUUCUCUAGAUAUGUAUUGAAUCCCAAUGGCAUCACACAAUGGUUAAUAUGGAUAGACUACACACAAAGUUGGGAGUCUUUCUUUGCAAGUCAAAUAGAUCAGUGUGAAAUUUAUGCCUUUUGUGGUGCUAAUACUAAGUGUAAUGCUAAUGACGCCCCCGUGUGUGCAUGCUUGAAAGGAUUUGUACCUAAAUCUCCAACAAAAUGGAACUCUUCAGAUUGGUCUGAUGGAUGUGUUCGAAGGACUCCAUUAGCUUGCAACUCUACAGAUGGCUACUCAAAGUACAGCAACUUUAAAUUGCCAGACACUUCUUCUUCCUGGUAUGACAAGAGCAUCAUCCUUAAGGAAUGCAAGGGACUGUGUUCGAAAAACUGCUCAUGUACGGCAUAUGCCAAUUUGGAUGUCAGGGAAGGGGGAAGUGGCUGCUUGCUUUGGUUUGGAAACCUCACUGACAUAAGAGAGUUCACCUCUGACUCUCAAGACCUUUACAUACGAAUCGCUGCUUCAGACAUAGAUUCUAUUGGGAAGAGGAGCAAGUCCAACAAGAAAAGGCAAGCAGGAAUUGUAAUCAGCUCUGCUUUUCUUCUAGUGGGAAUGAUACUGCUUGGAUAUUUCUUGUAUAAACGGAAAAAGAAAUUGAGAAAUAAAGAUCGAAGAUAUUACUUUGAAGAAGAAAGGGAAGACAUGGAGUUACCACUCUUUGACCUGAACACUGUAGCUGAUGCCACUGACAAUUUUUCUAGCAGCAACAAAUUGGGAGAAGGCGGUUUUGGACCUGUGUACAAGGGUACAUUGAUAGGAGGGAAAGAAAUAGCUGUAAAGAGGCGUUCAAAGGAUUCUGGACAAGGUAUGAGGGAGUUCAAAAAUGAAGUUAUACUGAUAGCCAAACUUCAGCACCGCAAUCUUGUAAAGCUUCUGGGCUGUUGCAUUCAUGAUCAGGAAAAAAUGUUGAUAUAUGAAUACAUGUCCAACAGAAGUUUGGACUUCUUUAUAUUUGACGAAAGACAAAAUCCACUUGACUGGCCUACCUGCUACAACAUUAUUGAAGGUACAGCUCGAGGGCUUCUUUAUCUUCACCAAGACUCAAGAUUAAGGAUUGUCCACAGAGAUCUGAAACCAAGCAAUAUUUUGCUUGAUAAAGACAUGAACCCGAAGAUUUCAGACUUUGGUCUGGCUAAAACAUUUAGCUUUGAUCAAAGUCAAGCCAAUACUAACAAAGUGGCUGGAACAUACGGUUAUAUGGCGCCUGAAUAUGCAGUAGAUGGAAUUUUCUCGAUGAAAUCAGAUGUAUUUAGCUUUGGAGUUGUAGUGAUUGAGUUAUUGAGUAGGGAGAAGAACAGGGGAUUUUGUCACCCGGAUCAUGAUUUUAAUCUUCUUGGACAUGCAUGGACACUAUGGACUCAAAAUAUACCACUGGAACUAAUAGAUAAGACAUUGUGUGAUUUUCACACCAUAUCCCAAGUGUUAAGGUGUCUUCAUGUGGGUCUGUUAUGUGUGCAGCAAGUACCUGAAGAUAGACCGACCAUGUCAUCCGUGGUUCUAAUGUUGGGCAGUGAUGUUCUGCUGCCUUUGCCAAAGCACCCUGGUUUCUACACUGAACGGACUCUACCCGAAUCAUCAUCAAGGUCAUGCGACCGCUGUUCACCCAAUAACUUCAGCACUACAUUGUUAGAGGCGCGGUAGAUCAUCAUCAUUCCGGAGCUUGUUAAUGCACCACAAUGACAUCAAAUUAGAUAUUCGUAUGCUAAAUUAUCGAAGAACAAUCGUUGUGGUUGUGUCAUAAAUUCGUAAUAAAUAUAUUUACUUUCCAUUUG